CCGUCGUCUCCCUCGCCCUCAUCCCCAUCACACCGCCCUCGGCUUGCCACCAUGAGCGAUCCCAGCCCAAACAAGAAGCCAAAGGUCGAGGAACAAAAAUCCGACGAUCCUCAGGCCCCCAUCAAGGCCACAAACAUCACCUGGCAUGCCGGCGCCUUCAAGCGCGAGGAACGUGAGGGUCUGCUCAAGCAGAGGGGUCUGACCAUCUGGUUCACCGGCCUCAGUGCCUCGGGCAAGUCGACCGUGGCCUGUGCCCUCGAGCAGCACCUCGUCCACCUUGGCAUCACCGCCUACCGUCUCGACGGCGACAAUAUCCGAUUUGGCCUCAACAAGAAUCUGUCCUUUUCGCCCGAGGAUCGCACCGAAAACAUCCGACGAAUCUCCGAGGUCGCCAAGCUCUUUGCCGAUGCCACCAAUGUCGCCCUGACCUCGUUCAUCUCUCCUUACCGCGCCGAUCGGGACCAGGCUCGCAAGCUGCAUGAAGAUGCUGGCAUCCCGUUUGUUGAAGUCUACAUCGAUGUCCCUAUCGAGGUUGCCGAGAAGCGGGAUCCAAAGGGUCUUUACGAAAAGGCUCGCAAGGGUCUGAUCAAAGAUUUCACCGGCGUCAACGCUCCAUAUGAGGCUCCUCUGAACCCCGAGAUCCACAUCCGCAACGAUAAGGUCACCAUCGAAGAAGCCGUCGAGACCAUCUGCAAGUAUCUUGUCGAAAAAGGCCUUGUGGACCUCGAAAAGUCCUAAAUAGCGACCGAGGUCGCCCGUUACACUUUCCUCGAUUCACUAUCCGCAACACCAUUCCCUUUCUUUUGUCUGGACUGGCGCGCCAAAGCGAGCCACCCUGGAUAUCGAUCCAGUUUCGAAUCCAAUGUUGAUGGCUAUUGUUGUUCACUGCGGAAAUACAGCUUCGUGUCGUAGGAAACGCCUCACUCACUCGCCCGCUG